AUGAUUAUACUAACCAAAAGCUUAAUAUCAAAAAAGGUAAGGGUAUUCAAUGGAUUUAAGUACAUCAUGGAGGAAGCCAUCGUAGGUGACUUUGCCCUGAUUAAGGCUCAUAAGGCAGACAAAGUAGGAAACCUCACCUUCAGAAAGACAGCUCGUAAUUUUAACCCCCCGAUGUGUAAGGCUGGGCGGAUCACGAUUGCAGAAGUAGAGGAGAUUGUGGAAGUAGGAGAAAUUCCACCAGAGGACGUCCACGUUCCACAUGUUUACGUACAGAGAGUCAUAAAAGGACCCAGCUAUGAAAAUGGAUAG